AUGACGAGAUCUAUUGUGUACUCUCUGGCCUUGGUUGCCUUCCUCGCAGCAACCGGCAUGACCAUUGCCGCAAACUUCAUACCUGACUGGAUUACAUGGACUGUCGAUUCUCCCUCGGGGGGGCAUUACACUAAGCGGGUCGGCUUGCACCGAAGCUGUUCCUCGACUACGAACACAUGUAUACAUUUCCCGCAGAAGGAGGACUGCAGCGGCAGUGACAGAUACUUCUGCUCCAUGUGGCGGUCUGUGGGCUUCCUGAUGUCCGCCGCGGCCAUCUUAGAAUUGGGCACAGUCGUUGCAUUCAUUCUGGUGCUCGUGGGAGGCAAGCAGAAGAGGGAGAAGGGCUGGAAACUUCUGAGCUUUAUGCUGGUGCUUGUGGCAACCGUUCAGUGUGCUUCCAUGGCCAUUGUUGCCUAUCUUUUUGAUAACGACGAUCGUUUUUUUGUGGGCUGGAAGCUCGACCAGUCUUGGAUUCUCUGCACAGUCAGCUGGAGCAUUGCGAUGAUUAGCGCUGGAGCGAUUUCGAUUUCAGCAUUUGCGUUUCCUUCUGAAGGGGACUAUGAACUCAUUCCCGAUCAGCGAUUUGGAUAG